GUCAAUGUCAUAGUCAAAAAUGGUAGAGAAGCGCUAGUAAUUCUGAGUCCUGAUUAAUGAUUAUAAUCGUAGGGAAAUAAUCAUAAUUUUGUAUUUUCAUGUGCCGUAGAAAUUCUAUAUUAUUAAAGAGAAAAUGUUUGCUAUGCCUUUGAUAUAUGUCCUUUUACUACUACUAACUGAUAGUGUAUUUUCAAAGAGUGUUGAACUUACUUUCGAAUUACCAGAUAGCGCUGAAGAAUGUUUUUACCAAGACAUAGAAAAGGAUAUCUCUGCUUCCUUGGAAUACCAGGUUAUAACUGGUGGCCAAUAUGAUGUUGAUGUCAAAAUAGAAGGUCCUAAUAAGCAAAUAAUUUAUCAACAACAAAAGAUGCAAUAUGAUUCUCAUCAAUUUACAGCCCAAUAUACAGGUGUAUAUAAGGUGUGUUUCAGUAAUGAGUUCAGUACAUUUUCCCAUAAACUUGUAUAUAUGGAACUUAAUGUUGGACCUGAAACACCUCUGCCAGGAGUUGGUGACCAUGCUACUGUCCUUACACAGCUUGAGACAUCAGCGGAAGAAAUCCAUUCAGCUCUAAAUAGAAUUAUUGAUCAUCAAACUCACCAUCGAUUAAGGGAAGCUCAGGGUCGUAAAAGAGCAGAGGACUUAAAUGAAAGAGUAUUUUGGUGGUCUAUUGGAGAAACACUUGCUAUUUUCUGUGUAACAUUUGCACAAGUUAUGAUCUUAAAGAACUUCUUCAGUGAUCGACCAUCACUAUAUAAAUAAUUAUUAGUUUAAUAGGAUAUUUAAUAUAUUUCAUGUGGUAAUGUG